AUGGACGCAACCCUAACCCUCCCUCCCUCCACGACUCUGUCCUCCCCGGCCGUAACGUUUCUCAACGACAGGCUCAACGACCUGCAAGAUCUCGAGCAUGCACCGAGUAUAGUCUCGGAGCUACAAUCCCAAUGUCUCGAUUUGGAGAAUUCUCUGGCUGACCUCAAUUCUAGGCUCGAAUCCAGUCUUCUCGGUUACGCCUCCUUCUCCGAUCGGAUUCACGGCCUGAUCACUGGUACCACCUCCGAGCUCUCCGAUCUCGAUUCGUUGACGGCCGGUUCUUCUGUAUAUGGAGGAGGGAAAGAGAAGGCAUUGGCAGAGGAGCUGCCGGAGCUGGCAAAGGAGGUUGCCAGGGUGAAGAUAGUUCGAGAUUAUGCUGAUACUGCAUUGAAGCUUGUCACUUUGGUGGGUGAUAUUGAAGAUGCUGUAGCUUUUGUAAUGAACCGAAACCUACAUAAGCGUCCAGCUCCAGAAAGUUCAGAGGAUAUGUGUUUUCAUGCUAUUGAAGCACUUGAGAAAACUGAAGAUGUGUUGACUUCUAUUACAAAGAAACAGUCUCAAUGGACGCGACUUGUAUCAGUAGUUGAUGACAGAGUAGAUCGGGCACUGGCCACAUUAAGACCCCAGCAAAUUGCUGAUCAGCGAAUCCUCCUUACUUCCCUUGGGUGGCCACCUCCACUUAGCUCCUUAAGCUCGCCUAUUCGUGAUACUGGGGAAUCUUCUGAAGCCUCUAAUCCUCUAUUCACAAUGCAAGGGGACCUCAAGCAUAAAUAUUGUGAAACCUUCCGUGCGUUGUGUCGCUUGCAAGAGUUGCAGAUGCGAAGAAAGGCUCGGCAGCUUGAGGGCCACAACAGGGAAAUCGCUUUACACCAACCACUUUGGGCAAUUGAAGAACUCGUGAACCCUAUAUCAGUUGCAUGCCAACGACAUUUCUCAAAAUGGGAAGAUAAGCCGGAGUUCAUUUUUGCUCUUGUCUACAAGAUUACCAGGGACUAUGUUGACACUAUGGAUGAAUUGCUACAACCCCUUGUUGAUAAAGCUAGGCUAGUGGGAUAUAGUUGUAGAGAAGAAUGGAUUUCGGCCAUGGUAACUUCUUUGUCUACAUACUUGGCAAAAGAGGUAUUUCCUGUGUAUAUUGGCCAAAUGGAAGAAGAACAUGUUAGCGGCGUUCAGUCUCAGGCUAGAAUAUCGUUGCUGCAUCUAGUCGACCUGAUGAUCUCUUUUGAUCAACGGGUUCUGUCUCUGGCAACACAUUCUGGUGUCUUGAUUUCCAUUCAGGAAGACAGGAACCUCCAGAAAUUUUCAUCUCUAUCUGUUUUCUGUGAUCGACCUGAUUGGCUUGAUUUGUGGGCAGAAAUAGAGCUCAGUGACACACUUGCGAAAUUAAAAGCUGAGUCAGAUGAUGAGCGGAAAUGGAAAGUGAAAGUUCAGGGCGCAGCUCUUUUAUCCGGUCCCGAGAAUUACAAGUCGCCUAUAGUUUCUAGUGCCUUCCUUCAGCACCUGUCUUUAGUGAUUGAUCGAUGUCGAUCACUGCCUACUACAUCUUUGAGGUGCAGGUUCGCUCGAUUAGUUGGUGCACCUAUAAUACACAGAUUUUUGGACAGCCUGUUACGUAGGUGUCAGGAAGCUGAAGGAUUGACUGCAUUAACUGAUGAUGAGGGGUUAAUUAAGGUUGCAAACUCAGCCAAUGCUGCUCACUAUUUUGAGUCGGUUCUUAAAGAAUGGUGUGAGGAUGUUUUGUUUCUCGAAAUGGAAUUUGAUCGAGAUGAUCCAUUUUUUAAUGACACUGGGGCGAAGGGUCCAUUCGAUAUGUCCAUGUCCACGGGUGGGAUUUUCGAAGUGGAGAUAAAAGAGUUGGAGAGAUUCAGGAAGGAGUGGGUUGAGAAGAUAUCAACAGUUGUUUUGAGGGGAUUCGAGGCCGACAGUCGAGAAUACCUGAAAAACAAGAAGCAGUGGCAGGAGAAGAGGGAAGAUGGCUGGACGGUGUCCAAACAUUUAGUUGGUGCUCUAGAUUAUUUACAGGCAAAGAUGGCAGUCAUAGAGGAAAAUCUGAAUAGUAUAGAUUUUGUCAGUGUAUGGAGAAGUUUGGCUUCUGGAAUUGAUCGUGCACUCUUUAAUGGCAUUUUUAUGAGCAGUGUAAAGUUCUAUGACAGUGGUGUUGAAAGUCUUAGCAACGACUUAGAGGUCCUGUUUGGGGCAUUUAGGGCUUGGUGUCUUAGACCAGAAGGCUUUUUCCCCAAAUCAAGUGAGGGCUUGAAGUUGUUGAAGAUGGUGAAGAAGCAGCAAGAAUUUGGAGUAAUCGGAGGCGAGAAUUGGAUGAAAGAGAACGGAGUCAGGCAUAUUAGUGUCAGUGAGGCAGAGAAGAUACUAAAAAGUAGGAUGUUCGGAAGUUAG